UUAAAUGUAUGUGCAACACACUUUAGCUCAGGCUCUCAUUCACAUGUCUUUAUCAGAGGUCUGCAGCGUUAAUCCUCUUAAAUUUCAGUUAACAGAGGCGGAGCAAACCUCUCACUGCGUUGUAAAGUUUCCUCCCCGCAUUUGCUGAGCGAGGCAUUUGUGCGGGCUGCAUGGCCGGCUGACUUUACCGCAAUGAAUAAUAUUGUGCUUUUCUGUAUAGUAGCUGUGUAAACGGUGCGGCGGAGACGGAGCUGAUGCGGCUCUUGCCAUGAUUCGUCCCGGGAAGCAGAGCUUUCAAGCGGCGUUGAUCUUUCUGUCCGUCGCCCAGCUGACUGCAGGUCUGAGGUGUGUUUGCCAGCUUUGUGCCAACCACACCUGUGAGACGACCGCAGACGGCGCCUGCUGGAACUCUGUGAUGCUGGUUGACGGGAAGGAGGAGACGGACAAGUCCUGCCUGUCGCCCUCUAAGUUGAAGGGCCAGGUCUUUUGCUACAGCUCCCGAAAUGUCUCCAAGAGGAACUGCUGCUUCACUGACUUCUGCAACAACGAGACUCUGCACUUACACCCAGAAAGGCCUUUGGAAGAGCCCGGCUGGAGCAGGCGGCAGCUCGCUGUGUUGAUCCUGGUUCCCUCCUGCCUGUUGUGUGUGGGGAUCCUGCUCGGUGUGUUCGUUGUGCAGGGCCACCGCUGUGCCUACGCCAGAGCCCGCAAGCAGGACCCAGAGGAGACUCCGGAUGACCAGAUGUUAAUGUCCAUUGACAAACAUCUCAAAGACCUAAUCUAUGACAUGAGCACCUCUGGUUCUGGAUCAGGUCUGCCACUGCUGGUCCAGCGAACUAUAGCUCGGACCAUUGUCCUGCAGGAGACCAUUGGGAAGGGUCGGUUUGGUGAAGUGUGGCGGGGAAAGUGGCGAGGAGAAGAUGUGGCGGUGAAGAUCUUCUCCUCCAGGGACGAGAGAUCGUGGUUUCGGGAAGCAGAGAUUUAUCAGACAAUCAUGCUCAGACAUGAGAACAUCUUGGGCUUCAUUGCUGCUGACAACAAAGAUAAUGGCUCGUGGACGCAGCUCUGGUUGGUGUCAGAGUACCAUGAGCAUGGCUCUCUGUAUGACUACCUGAACAGGUACACGGUCUCCUUGGAAGGCAUGAUUGUUCUCGCUCUGUCCAUAGCCGGUGGGCUGGCGCAUCUCCAUAUGGAAAUCAUUGGAACACAGGGGAAACCUGCCAUUGCUCACAGGGAUCUAAAGUCGAAAAAUGUCCUGGUGAAAAAGAACGGCACGGCAGUCAUUGCAGAUUUGGGCUUGGCUGUGAAACACGACUCAAGCACCAACUCCGUUGACAUACCGUCCAACCACAGAGUGGGAACCAAGCGGUACAUGGCCCCAGAAAUCCUGGAUGAGACGAUCAAUAUAACUAGCUUUGAGUCAUUCAAGAGGGCGGAUAUCUACUCGCUAGGUCUGGUGUUCUGGGAACUUGCCCGAAGAUGCUCUGUUAGAGGACUUCAUGAAGAUUUUCAGCUGCCUUAUUACGACCUGGUGCCUUCUGAUCCGACCAUCGAGGACAUGAGGAAGGUGGUGUGUGACCAGAAACUCAGACCCAAUGUUCCCAACCAGUGGCAGAGCUGCGAGGCUCUGCGUGUGAUGGGCAAACUGAUGAGAGAGUGCUGGCAUGCCAACCCUGCUGCUCGACUCACUGCUCUGAGGGUCAAGAAAACGGUGUCUCAGCUGUCUGCCAUCAAGGAUCUCAAAGAUUAGUUAGAUUUGUUGCCCUGCAGAUCAGCACUGGUGCUGGCACUGGUGCAACAACUGAGAGUUGUUGAAACUGGGAGAGUUGACUGGGAGAAACUGUUCUCUCUAAUGGCCUGAGGCUGCCCUCUUCAGGACACAACAACAGUAUUCACCCUCAGAGAGCAACUUCAGGUUGUUUUUGGUGCCAAAGUAUUGUAGGAGGUGUCUGUGGCUGCUUUGCACAUAGACACCUAGUUAAAAACAAAAUUGAACAAAACUGCUGAACUUUUGGUAAGAAGAACCAUAUGAAAUUAGAAUAUAUCUUAUAUAUAUAGAUUAUUUUGCUACCUCAGACAUUUAAGUGCCCAAAGCUUGAAGUUGCACAUUGGGAUGUUUUUGUGCCAUAUCUUGUAUCAAAUACAGUACUGCUGAGUAUUUAGUGUGCUAACUGAAAAUCACAAACAAUACUGAAUAAGACACUCUGACUGGUUCUGAUUGGUUUAAAAUUCCACACUUACAUAUUGUUCCUGAUAAUCUGAAUUUUAAAGUGAAUUUUUACACGUAAAAGGGAUACAACUGUGCAUUUCCAAGUGGAAAACAUCCUUUAGCUAAAUAUAUUCAAGUUGGUUUUCAGUGUGAUUUAGUUCUGACUAAUGAUUUUUAACCACCAUGGCUCCAAGGAUGGCAAUUACAGUUUGUCCAUUGGAUCUGUUGGUCCAAAUACCUCAACGUUUAUUGAAUGGAUCACAAUGACAUUCCUGGUCCCCAGAGGAUGAACCCCCAUGAUCACCUGACUUUAAGUAUAACUAAAGGCUACGCCUCAGUUUAGUUGAGCUGACACUAAUAAGAAUUACCCUAACAUCAAUAAAGGUUUGGAUUUAGUUAAAAACGGAUCCAUUCCUCUGGCGCCACCCUCAGACAAAACUUUAAAAAUUUGGACUGACUAGUAGUAAGGAUUACAUUUAACAUUAUAAAGUCUUUAUAUUUUAACAGCCUCAUGGGAUCAUUAGAGUGCCUAUAUACGUUUUCUUUGUAUUAUCCUUUACAGAAAGAGAAGUACAACUAUAAGCUCCUGCUAUACAUUUUGCACGUUUAAAGCUUUCGGUUGCUGAAAAGAGCUGCUCUCUUGACAGGUGAAUGCUAGUUUACUGACAAACAGCAUAAUUAUGAAUGUGAAUAGUCAUGUUUUUAUAUUUCUCAAAUAUAUUUAUUUAGACUUAAAGCAUGUUACUCAAAUUAUUAAAUCUUAGCAACCCUAAUGCACAGUAUUGUUAACAUUGGCUCAUCGGUAUUUCUUUUGACAGGGAAAUCUAACAACCAAGCACAGUACAUGUAAGAACACACUCGAUGUUGUAAGCCCAAUGCUGUUUUACAGCAGGUGUCCCAAUGUAGCAGAUGAUUAUGAUAAAAUCUAAGACCGAGAUAAGAUCAGAUCUUGAUGAAGGUAAUGAUGAACUCAUAAAACAAGAGGAUAACAACAAAUUACUAGUUGUAGCAAAUCAGUUUAAGACAUUUCACUUGGAGACAACAGUCUGGGUGAAGGGUGAUCACCAAUGCCACUGGCUGUUGAGGCCUGUAAAGUCUUGCCAUAACAGGCUUAGGGAAAGUGGACAUGAGUGAAUCUGUACACCAUCUUUGUUUGCAUGCAUCCACGUGUGUGUGUGUGUGUGUGUGUGUGUUUCAUAUCAUGUGAAGUGAUCCUGGGAUUAAUUAUGUGAAUCUAAUCAUUGUAGUGUUUUUGAAACAUGGUGCUGGGAAGAAUACCUGUCAAUUUUCCCAUUCAUCAUGGCUUUUUAAUACAUCCUGCGUUCAUGUUUUUAGUUGCUAAGGUUUACAUACUUCCAUGUAGCUGCUUAGUGAUAUAAUAUACGUGUCCUGCUGUUAUGAAGGUGCCAUUGUUUUUACUGGUUGAUAUGUAGCAUCAGCUGUGUUGGCUAUUGAAAAUAAGUUACGUUGCUCUCUUGACAAAUAUCACUUAAUGUAUGCAAGUCUUAAUUUUUUCUUUCUUUGAAGUGAUUAGUUUACUUCAAUCAUAAGAUCGUUUGACUUUGUGUGGUGCAGUAUUAAAGCAUCCGUCUCUGCCCGCAUCCUUUGAAAAUUGUUUUUUAUCUGAUGUUGGAUCUUUGCUGAGCCAAGCUGACAUUUUGUCUUUUCUGUCAUAUCUGCUUCUCCAUGAAUCAGACAUGUGACACAACUCAUAGCUAAGACAAGAAAGACUUAUCAAUCAUUCCAAAGAGGAGUGACCACCAUCCAGUCAUUUUAUAUGGUUUUGUGUCAUUGCUCAGAUUUCAUGCCAUUGCAUUGUAUCUUUUCUCUUGCACUAUUUAUUCUGUAUAAAAAAUGUAGUAGUGAUAUUAAUGGUCCAAUAAACUGUUUUUCAUGGAG